UGUUGCAGGAUGCGUGCGUACCUGCUGCUCCUAUGUCUGGCUUUACUGCAGCAGGAGGCGAGGUCCAGUCCGGACCCGUCAGACUGCUCGAGUCCGGAUGCAGUGAGGGUGGCAGAAGAGGCUCUGCAGCAGAUCAACCAGGACAGGACAAACGGAUACAUCUGGGGCCUCAAUAGACUUUAUGAUGUUUUUCACUCUCCAGACAAGGAGAAAGGUGGUGUGUUCUACAAAUUAACCAUUGAUGUUUUGGAGACUAGAUGCCACAUAAUAAGCAGAAAACCAUGGAAAGACUGUGAAGUCAGGAGUAUUGGAGACAUCCCUGUGUAUGGAGAGUGUGAGGUUUCUGCUCACGUUGACAGUGAAGUCAAACUCCAAAGCUAUUCCUGUGCAAUUCGACAAGUUCCUGCUAUCGAAGUGGUGGGCGUGUGCCCGGACUGUCCCACAGCCGACAACUUGGACGAGCCCAUCGUGAAGGAAACGGCCAACCUUUCCCUGCAGAUGUUCAAUAAGGACAGCAAGCUGGGGAACUACUUCGCUCUGGAGAGCAUUACAAGAGCCAGUUCACAGUGGGUCGUUGGCCCUGCUUACUUUGUGGAUUUCACCAUCGUGGAGACAGUGUGUUCAAAGGGAACUGAUCCCGGUGAACUGGGCAGCUGCCCCCCAAUGGACUGUCAAUUUGCUCACAGAGGCUUCUGCCGGGGCUCACAUGUCACUCAAGAGGAGAUGUUUGAAAUCAGACGGCCGGUGGGGAAAAAAGACAGCUCGUUUCAGAAUCCUGUACAAGUUACUUGUGAGAUCUACGAACCCAAGGCUGCCACGGAGGAGGAGACGGUCCAUGCCAAAGCAGACGCUGAGCACACUGAGUAUCAGCACCACAACCACACACACCUGCAUCCUCAUGAGCACACACACUCGGACACAGACAGCUCGAGCGGCGCCACGUCCAAGCCCCCGAGCUCGCUUGGUACUGUGGUGGAGAAGCCCGCCUCUCCCAGGUCGGCCCCGUCGGCCAGAGCCUGCCCAGGCCCCCACAGGCACAGGAUGGGCCUGGAUAGACUCCGGCUCUGAAUGAGUCGGGGCCGAGGCGGAUGAUGAUUGCCUGUCUUCACACCUGAGUCUCUCUCUGUUAGUUACAUAAGGGAUGAAAUCUCUAUCAAAGUAUUGGAGGGCAGAAGCCAGAGACCAGCGAUUAUUGUUAUAAAUCACAUUAU